AUGUGUAUCUGUGACGUGUUCAUAACGUACCUGUCGGAGGCAACUCGAAGGAACUUAUCGGCGGUGUUGAUGAUCCUUCAGAUGGUUGGCGUCGUCUUUGGCGUUACGUCAUCGGUCAUCGGCUACUACCUGAAGGUCACCAACGUCGAGAUGGAGGGCCUGGUCUUUGAAACCCUCAUGGAGACCAUGCCCGAGUUUCUCUUCUACAAUGGAUUUGUUAUGGGCUUCAUGCACAUAAUAUCUUUCCAGGGGUGCUUUGGGGCUGAAACCCCCCUUUCAUCAGAUAGUUUUGUUAAAGUUAGGAAGACUAAAUUUAACAAAAAUUCCAUGUUUAUCCUAUGA